UUCCGGCUGCUGAGGCUGGAGCUUCUUGCGUGGUGCUAGUGAGAGUAGGACGAGCCGGCAGCGCUGGGAGCAGUGACAGCAGAGGACACACCACCAGUUUCCCGCUGUGCAGAAAUGAGCUAAUCCUCUGUUUCAAUACAGCAAGCUAAAUAAAAGCUCCGAGGUUUAAUUCCUGCGGUGAAGUCUUCAAUCAGCUGUGUUCAACGGAAUGUUCUGACCACUCACGAUGGGCAGGCGGUAUCCAGGUGCAUCUUAUCGACCUAGCUCUUCAUUCGAUUCCAGUGUGGAAACCCUCCCAGUUUUUAUGGCAAGCCACAGUGCGUCGGACAUUGUAAAUCGAAAUGGUCCAGUUAGCCCUCCUAACACCUUGAACUUGCGACAUUCCCAUAAUGAACUGCUAAAUGCAGAUGUGAAACACACAGAGCCAAAGAGCAACACUCCCCCAAAAUGCAGAAAAAAAUAUGCGUUGACCAACAUUCAAGCAGCCAUGGGCUUAUCUGACCCAGCAACUCAGCCUCUGUUGUCAAAUGGUUCUCCAAACAUUAAGGUUGUAAAGAAUGGAGAGAAUCAGCUGAGGAAGGCAGCUGAGCAGGGACAAGAUCCCAACAAAAAUGGGAGUGUAGAGGCUAGUGUUAAUACAAUUUCUGAGAAGCUUGAGGGCAAAGACGAGGAUCUAGAAGACCCAGCAAGCACCGAGAUUCUACCACUGCUCCCUAGAAGCCUCCUCAAUUACUAUGCAGAGUUGGAAACCUCCAGGGAUCUGGGACAGGGUCUUGCUCAUUGCCGUUUAAUUAAGGAAGAGGAAAAUUCCAUAUGGCUAAAUGGACAUGCACCUAGCAUCAUGAGCAAUGGGGAUGUUCUGCCACCAAAAGAAAACAAGACUUCAAGUCCCGAGGAUAGCCAGGCUCCCACUGUGUCAUCCAGUCCAGAAACAAAGAAGGAUCACCCGAAAACUGGCGCAAAGACAGACUGCGCAUUGCACCGAAUUCAGAACCUGGCACCUAGCGAUGAAGAAUCAAGCUGGACUACAUUAUCCCAAGACAGUGCUUCACCUGCAUCACCAGAUGAAACAGCAGAUAUAUGGAGCGAUCACUCAUUUCAGACAGAUCCAGAACUACCACCCGGCUGGAAGAAAAUCAAUGAUAUUGCAGGAAUCUACUACUGGCACAUACCAACUGGAGCCACCCAAUGGGAACGUCCUGUGUCUGUUCCAGUAGACCUUCCAGGUUCACGAAAGGGAUCACUCAGCUCUGUCACAUCUUCUCCAACUCCAGAAAAUGAGAAACAGCCAUGGAGUGGUUUUGCUGUUCUGAAUGGGGGAAAGAUAAAUGUUGACAUUUGGAAGGACUUGCACGCAGCAACAGUGAACCCUGACCCGAGUCUAAAGGAGUUUGAAGGAGCAACAUUACGCUACGCUUCUUUAAAGCUAAGAAAUGGCCCUCAGUCUGAUGAAGAGGACUCCUCCAGCAUCAACAGUGAUCCCGAAGCUAAGUGUUUCGCUGUUCGUUCGUUGGGCUGGGUAGAAAUGGCAGAAGAGGACCUUGCGCCUGGAAAAAGCAGUGUUGCCGUCAACAAUUGCAUCAGACAACUCUCUUACAGCAAGAAUGAUAUCAGGGACACAGUCGGCAUUUGGGGAGAGGGUAAAGAUAUGUACCUGAUUCUGGAGAAUGACAUGUUAAACCUUGUUGACCCAAUGGAUCGAACUCUGUUGCAUUCACAACCCAUUGUGAGCAUUCGAGUGUGGGGAGUGGGCAGAGACAACGGCCGGGACUUUGCUUAUGUUGCAAGAGACAAAGAAACAAGAAUUUUAAAAUGUCACGUGUUCAGAUGUGACACUCCAGCAAAAGCAAUUGCCACCAGUCUUCACGAAAUCUGCUCUAAGAUUAUGGCAGAAAGGAAAAAUGCCAAAGCGUCUGCUUGCAGUUCAUCACAGGAGCGACCAAAUGCCAGUCUGGACGUUCCUUUGCAAGUAGAAUUCCCAACACCAAAGACAGAACUUGUGCAGAAGUUUCAUGUGCUGUAUCUGGGCAUGGUGCCAGUGUCUAGGCCAGUUGGUAUGGAUAUUGUAAAUGAAGCCAUUGAAAAUUUUACAAACCCACCAGACAAAGAAGAAUGGACACCUGUAAUUAUGAAUGUUGCUGAUGCUACUGUGACUGUCAUGAAAGAGAAGGAUGAAGAAAUAUUGGUAGAAUGCAGGGUUCGCUUCCUGUCAUUUAUGGGAGUUGGGAAGGAUGUGCACACCUUUGCUUUCAUUAUGGACACUGGCAAUCAACAUUUUGAGACACAUGUUUUCUGGUGUGAGCCCAAUGCAGGGAGUGUAUCGGAAGCUGUCCAGGCUGCAUGCAUGCUACGGUAUCAAAAGUGCCUGGUCGCCAGGCCUCCCUCGCAGAAGCCUCAGCCUCCACCUCCACCCGCAGAUUCAGUAACCCGAAGAGUCACAACCAGCGUAAAAAGAGGGGUCUUGUCCCUUAUUGACACUUUGAAACAGAAACGCCCCGUCGGUGACAUGCCAUAGUCGCAGAUAAAAAAAAAAAAAAAAAUGAAUAAAACGCAACUGGAUCUUUCAGCACUUGACUCGGACAUCUAUAGCGAAGCUAAGAUAGUGAUGAAAUGGAAUAUACUGCAGCUUAACCUUCCAUCAAACAGCUGCUUUCGCUUCAAAAAAUAUAACUUUUAUCCGAUGUUUGACUAGCAUGUACCUAUUCUUCGACACCAUGGCGUACUACAAAAAUAAGCAUGAAUAUAAAUAUAUAUCUACUCAUAAUUUUUAUUUUAUUUUUCUCUGCCCUACUGUCAGUGGUUCUCAUUACACGCAUUGGAUAGUCUGUUUUAAAUUGUAAAUAAGAUUAACAAUUCAUGACAAAGUGACAUUUUCUGCACUCUAAAUAGUGAAUGCUAUGGAGUCCAUCAAUGUUAAGGAUUCAUAAGCAUCCCAUAGCUCACUGCCUCGUUUAAUCAUUGGGUGGGGGGGGGGGAGGGGAGGGAGUAAACCGACUCAUCUAUUUCUAUGAUACAUUCACACAAGAGGCUGUCGUUCAAAUGUCUCUGAAGAUGCUUUCUGGAUUUCGUAUUCCAGCGCGUUACCAUUUUUCUCUGCACAAGAAGACAGCAUAAAAGAACCUUCUAAAAGAGUUUUCACUAGAGAUGCACAAUAAUUGGGAUACUGUACAAUAGAAAUCAAAGAUCAGAUCAAGUGUACUUCACACCACGUAGAACAUGAUCGAUUGUUAACAUGUGUGGGUUUUUAGUCCCACUUGCAGAAUAUUACGUGACUGUUCUCAUUCAAAGUGGUUCUUUGUGAUACAUUCUGAAACAAGCAUGCUUAGUAUGGGUUAAUCCUGAAAAUCUAUCCAACUAACCAUCACCCUGCAAGCCUAGUGUGUCUUACAUUUUUAAUUAUCUGCCAUAUCUCUUUCUUACAAUAUUUCAGAGGAGAACAUGAUAACUUUUCAUUAGAGUUAUACAGUGUGGUAUUCUGUAGAGUGAUCAAAACAAGACCCAUUUAUGGGAACAAUAGAUCAGCUACGAUUAACUCUUAAUCAACCUCCCUUCAUUUUUAUUUAUUUUUUUAAAUGUUUUUCAUUUUGGCAUAAUGUACGCAUUAUUCUCAUCCAAUUUCCACAGCCACGUUAUUAUAAAUGUCCACAAAAGUGCUGUCACAAUCCUGUACAAUCAAUGCAGGAGAUUAAUUACACAUUUUAGAAAGCACAAACCAAUAGUAAGUGAUACGUACCCCUAAUGCGCCCACAUAAAACUGUAAUACAAGCGGUUUCUUCACAAACAGAAUAACAUCUAGAAACGUUCCAUUGUAACGUUCAUUCCAAAUACAAGGAAAUAUUGGCUCUAAUUGUGUUCACAGUCAUCAAAGCAAUUAGCAAGCAAUAGUGGCAUUCUGAAAUGUAGUCAUUAAUUAAAAUUUGGAGAUUGAUUUCCCCUUUUCGUUUUUUUAAGGCUAGAAAAAUGUUGAAAAAAGUACCACCGUUUGCCCAGGUAUCAUGUAAAACUAAUUAUAUUCAAUCAGCUUUUAGAAAAGAAAUAUAAGCUGCAUAAAAAUGAAUAUGAUCGUUUUUGAGAAGGUUAGUACAACAGCACUAGUCAAAGGCUUAUUAAAGAAAUUCCUUGUAUCUGCAAACCGUAUAAACCUAAUUUACGAAGAUACAGUGAGAACAAGACAAGAUACACAAAUUGUAUUCUUUCUCAUCAAAGGUAUGGUGCCCAUGAUGUAAAUAGUAUUCAUACCAAGCAGAACUACAUCAUUUACUUGAUUUGCCACAACUGGAAUUCUAGAAUCCCUUUGAUUUUGUGCUUCUCAGCUGAAGUGAUGAUUCCCAUUAGCUAAACUGUAAUUAAAUAGCCAGUUAUGGUUCAGAAAUAGCACUAAAAUGCAAUGUACACUUUUAAGGUGCUGUGCCUUAGGGAACGUUGUGAGCUGAUAUUCCUGUCCCAAAAUUAAUACCCCUUCUUCAACAGAGCUUUACAAUUACCUUAUAAAGAUUUACUUAAAGAGCCUUCAAUCUUUAGAAAUGUUUUUAUCCUAUUACAGAAGCCCCGAGAAUUGUUUAGAAGACAGUCACAGGAUUAUUUAUUAAAGUGAGAAUUCCCAGUAAAUUUCAAAUGUAAUGUAGAAAUAGCUAGAUUUGAAAAAGUCAGCUGUGCAUUCCGUUCUACUAUUCCAACCUGACAUUUAAAAAUCACUCUGAAUUCUCACUUUAGUGAAUAGGCUUGUCAGGGCUAGAGAGGUUUGUCAUAAUUUUAAAGUAACCAAACUGGAAAAAGUCUUCAAUUCAACUAGUCUUCCGGUUUGGCUUGUUUGUCGUUAGAUUUGAAAUUUGCCUUGAGCUCCCCAAAAUUCUCUCUCGAGUACCUGAAUGUAUACGUUUCACUUAUGCAUUCGUCUUGGUUUUCGUGCCCAGAUUUCGGCUGUUCGGCAGAGAGUGCCAUGCAGAGGUUAGUGUGGAGACUACAGCUGCUAGAUCUGAUAAGUUAUAGUAUAAGCUUAACAUAAGUGAAAGGGAAUUGCGUCUAACUCAUGUAGCCAUAUUGUAGAAAAUGGUUUUUAUUCGAGUACAUGUCUAACUGUUCCCUUGCCAUAUAAAUAGUAUCCUUCGUAAUAUAACAGUAGCAAUAGUUAAUCAUAGCGGCUCUUUACAUCAUAUCUUUGGUAUGUGUUAUACAUCUCUUGAGUACUUAAAGUUAAAGAUGAAACCACACAAAUAGGGAUACCGUUCCUGAUAGUUGUGAAGCAGACAGUGCUUCCUCUUCCAUGUGGGAUACCAGGUUGAACAAAGUCCUUAUAUUUCAUUUGCACUAGCUUGACACCCAGAACAUUUUAGUUGAGAACUCUUGUAAAGUAUUGCAAUUACUAAUAUCUGCUUGGAUUACAUUUUCUUGUUAAUGAGGAAACUUGGUAAAUGACUUAUUCAAUGUGUCCUCUCAUCUAGAAACCAAUUUUGUAAUGUGCACCUUUCGUGAUUAUCAGCUUGAUGUCAGUUUAAAAAGAUAUACAUUUUAUUCUACGUUUGAUCAGUCAAGUGCUAGCAAAUGUAUAAGUGAAAUUCUUCAACUGUACAUAAUUUUCACCCUCUUGACCUCUACUGAUAUUUUAAAAAGUCCAUCAGGGAAGAACACUCACCUAUAGGAUUAAUAAGCAAAAAGCUGCCUCCGUCAUACCUGUACUGACUUCCAUAAAGUAAAGAAUAUCCAGAACUCCAUAGAUUUUCAAUAAUAUAAACCAGAUCACAACUUUUUAACUGCUUGAAAAGACACACAGUGCAAACAUUGCUAUCUGGGUUGCCAAUAAAAGGCUAUUAUUGAAGAUAUGAGUGUAGGAUAUUCUUUUACUGAUAUGCCGGCAUAACAUUAAAGGCAACACAAUUUCUUAUAGAAAGUAUCUUUACCCAAUUCUGACUGGUCAUGAGGGGAUAUAUUAGCCCACACUGUGCUCCACAUUAAAGAAGGCAGUUUGUAUUAUGUAAAUAUACAUAUAUAUUAUUUUUAAUUUCUAUCAUAAUUUGUUGCCUUUGCCAUAGUGAGCAAAUCACCUGUAACCCCCCCUUACUGGUAGUGCCUCUGUUUUUAAGUAUGGUUUUCACAGCUGCAAAAUGUAAAAGCGGUCGAGUUUCGACUACGUUCAGCUGCAUGUUAUUGGCUAUGUUACGUAGCAAGGUUCAUUAGGAUAAGGGAGAUUUCGAAUAAUGUGAGUGGAUACUUAUCUACCCCUCCAAGGUCUCCUAAGAGAUAAUAAAAAAAAGGAAGUUGGAAAACUCUAGUUGUUUGUCAAAGCCACCAAUUACUGUUUAAUGAACUAAUGAACCUCGUAGUGAGAACUACACUGACCAAUCAAACACUCAAUUCAGUGCAGUGACCCACUUCAUGGCACUCUCUUUGCGCAAGGACAAAAUAACGUUUUAUGGCACAGUACAGAGUAAAUAUAUUGUAAAUAUAAAUGCAUUUUUAAAUAAUACUUUUAUGCUGCCUCACCAUGUACAACAUAAUCUGAUAAUGUGCCAGCUCACUUUAUUAAUAUACAGUGUUUUAAAAUAUUGAUUCAUUAGACGUAACCACAAACUACAGGGAACAUUAGACUCUUGAAACAAUAAGGGUUAAAUGGAUUUGUUGUAGGAACAUGCUGUUUAGUGAAUAAGCCCCUUAUUUAAGAAUGAGUCAUUAGGGAGGUGAGACUGUCCAUCACAAACACAGUUAUUCAUUAAAGCAUCAGUUGUGAAAAAUUCAACGUGAAUUUCAAGUUUCAGGCCAAACUAGUUGUACUGAAAGCAUAGCAGACUUGAUUAAUUUUUCAGAGUUGGCUAUUGUGGCCUGAAAUGUAAAAUUCUAUAUGCAUACCUGUUGAAAUUUAGUAGGUGUGAAACAGGGGAGUGGGCACUGUAAAUAUGUGCCCAUGGGUACGUCUAAUGACGCAUCCAACCUAUGCCUUAUGGGAACUUGAUCAAACCAGGACAGCCGUACGCGAUCCAGAUCUUUGGACUGUUGGGAGAUAUGAGCAUGCAUUCCUGAUAGUCACAGUUUAGGGACAGUCACUGAGGACACUUGUUAGGCGUGAUAUUCAAUACAUUUCAUAUGUCUGCACGUCAACCAAUUACACUAGUAUCUCAAAACUGCUCACGCUAAACCAGUGAUGUCUAACCUGUACACUGCAGAUGUUUGCAUUAUGUUGCUCACGGCCAGAUGACUCACUUUGCUAAUGUUUGCCUUUUAAGAAAUGUACGGACUGUACAAACAUUUAAACAUGGUCUCUAAAAUGUCAAUAUCUAAUGAAAAGGCAGAAGAAACAGUGAUCUAUGGGAAAAUGGAAAUCCUUUGCAGAUAUUUUGUUUUAAAAAUAGCUUUGCAUAUUUUAACUUAAAAAUUAUUUUGUAAAACCGAUUGUAAUUAAAAAAAAAAUCACUUUUUUUUACGGCCAAAAAAGUAUGUAUGUGGUGUGUAUGUGUGAUUAAAUGGCAAUGUGUUAGUAAGAGUUCAUUUAUCUAUGCAUUAUUUGUAUGCUGUGGCUUUAUAAAUAGCCAUGUUCACUAUA